AUGCCAAUGACGCAUCAACCAGUCAAAGUGGUCGUCGAGGAAGUCGACUCAAAUUAUGAAAGUUAUUUAGCCUAUUUAAAAGAACGUAACAAGCAAAGAUUAUUAUUGCAAAGAAAGACUGAAGAAGAUCUGGAGAAAGAGCGUUUAGAGAAAGGUUUUCAGUUGUACUUCAAUGCUGCAGCAAAAUAUUUGAAAAACACAUCUCAUGAACACAAUACCAGUCGAUAUAAUAAACGUAACAGAAGUGCUCCUGAUAUGACUAAACAAAAAUAUAAACGUAAGUCAUGGGGUGAUGUAGUCCUGCCGUACAGUGAAAUCCUUCCCUUAGAACAAACUACCUCUUCACCUCGAUCUACUCCUAAACCGGUGAACUGUCCAAAUUUACUACGAAACAAUGAAAUGAACAAUAAAAGAAAUCGAAGUGUUUCCCAGUUAAGUUAUUUCCUAAAUAAUGAUCACGGGGAUUCUUUGUGCAAUACAAAUGCAUUUAGUCAUUACACUAAGCAGGAUGGAGUUAACUGUCUGACAGUUGAAGAAAAAACAGAUGAAAAAUUGACUAAAGUUGUUUUCACUUUUGAUAUUUUCAAUAACUGGGGAGAUAAAAAUUGGGUUGGACUAAACGGUUUUGAAAUGAAAGCGCAUAGUACAAGUUCAGUACAAAUUUAUCCUGAGGUAGCUGCUAGUGUUUACUCACUCAAGUCUGCUCAAUCAAGUGACAGUAUUAUUUCCUCAAUACAAAACAACAAAAAGCUGUUCAAAUCAUCCUUCAAUACCAGAAAUCUUGAAGAUAUGUGGUUAACAAAUGUUGAAAAUCUGCCAGUACGCAUUAAUUUCAGUUGUUUGUUGAGUCAAGCUUAUCUGGAACAUACACUUACAGUGAACAUAUGGAAUUUCAUACAGUUAAGUCAGUCUGAAAUUGGAGUCAAAAAUUGCCAACUGAAGGUCAUGUGUGCAGAUAGAUCAACAGUACUUUAUGAUGGGAUUCUACAGAAAGGCGAUGAAACAUCUAUUGACAACUCAGUAACCAGUAUAUUCUUAAAUAUUAAUGAGAUAUUAUAUCCUCAGAAAGAUGACAAUUCCAGAUGUUUGAAAAAUAAUUCAAGUGAAUAUUUAACAAGUUCAGAAAUGACACAGCCUAAUGAUGUUGAUGUACUAAAUGGUAAUGAUAAAAGUGAUUGUAUUCACAGUAAUGCUACUGGGGAACAGGAUUCUUCAUCUAAACUAAAUAUUUGGUUUUCUGAUUCACAUAUGAGUAAAAGUAAGCAUAAAGACAAAAAUAUUCAUUUAUUAUCAAAUGUAAAUACAGACUUGUUGAAUUAUUCAUUUCAUCGUAUUAAUAUGAAACGUAGAAUCAGUGGACGUGAUCGCAUAAACAGUUUACUAGAAGAAUCAUGGAGUUCACUGGAUUUUUUCAAUCAUUUUCAUGAAGGUCGAAUUUCAGUGAGAAAUAUAUCACAUGCAAAACAUAAUUCCUGCUUUCAUAUCUUAGAAGAUCCUGUUGCUAUAGACUCGCCAAACUUUUCAUUCCAAUCCAGUAAAAAUGAAAGUCAAAAGUUAAGAGCUCAUAAUUCCAAUGAAGUUGAAUUGAAAAAUUUAGAUUAUACAUCAACUGAAUAUUAUCCAUCCAGAGUUGACGCAAAUGAUAUUGUUAUUCCUGAACUGCCUUCUGGAAAUAGAUUAUUAAUUGACAUUAUUUCAACAUGGGGAGAUUUAUAUUAUGUUGGUCUGACGGGUAUCGAGAUAUUCACAUCAGAUGGCAUAGAUAUUGCAGGUUUGUGUAAAAUUACAGCGAAUCCCUCAGAUAUCAAUACGCUACCAGGUUAUGGUAAUGAUCCAAGAGUAGUGACCAAUUUGAUUGAUGGCGUUAAUUGGACACGUGAUGAUACGCAUAUGUGGCUGACACCAUUCACUUCAGGUCAAAGACACUUCAUAGAGAUUACUUUCCCUCAGUCUAUGACUUCACCGAUAGCAUUAUUACGUAUAUGGAACUACAAUAAGUCACGUGUACACUCUUAUAGAGGUGUUAAAGAAAUGAUUAUUUACCUGGAUAAUCAGCCAAUAUUUUAUGGUGAAAUAAGCAAAGCAUCAGGAUUAGAGUUUGGUGAACCGGAGAAUUUUUGUGAAACAAUUCUAUUCUGUACACAUAAUACAAUUUUGGAUUUGAUUGGGAAAAAUGACAGUCUAUUGCAUUUGAAGGAGAGUGAGAAUUGUGGUGACACUUGGUUAGCAUCAGAUAGUGAGGACAGUGUUAAACGACCUGUUACUAGUAUUUCUCUCUCUCAGGAGAAUAAUCUUGACAACAAUGUAGAAGAAUCUGAAACAUCUUUCCUACCUACAGAAUUUUCUGAGCUAAUCAUUAAUGAUGGUUAUAGCACGGAAAUCUGUAAGACGUGUUCAGUCGAGAUUGCUCUAUUAGAACCUUGGGUUUAUAGUUCUGAAUAUAUUGGCCUUACUGGUAUUGAAUUCUUCAAUAAGGCUGGAAAUCCUAUAAAGAUUAACCGUAUACAAAUUAACGAUGGUAGUCCAGUGUCAUCAACUAUAGACAAUGGAAAUGUUAGGAAUUAUGUGGAGAAUUUAUUGAAUUCACGGAAUAACACAACCGAUGCCAGUGAAAUGUGGUACACUGCGUAUAAUUCAUUUUCAUCACCACCAGUGUUAAAAUUUUAUCUGGAUGUAGAAGACUCAAUAUUUCCAUCUGUAUUUGAUGGACUUCGGAUAUGGAAUUAUAAUGAUCGUCAGGUUGGCUGUGACUAUGGAUGCAAACUGAUCAAUGUAAAGCUAAAGAAAUCAGAGCAGUUCCAUGCAAAAGAGUUGAUUUUAAAUGAGUCUACAGUUCUACUUAGACAAGCGCCAGGUCAUACAGAUUAUCCAUUUGGACAGACAAUAAAUAUAUCUGAAUUUCAGGAGAAUGGAACUAUGCUUCACAGCUUAUCGUCUAGAAUUAAAUAUCAUAAUUUGCCAAUAGGAUUUGUCUAUCAAUUGAAUAUAUUUUCUAGCUGGGGUGACCAGUUUUAUGUUGGACUAGAUGGUGUUCAAUUUCUAUCGCCUGAAGGCAAUGUUAUACCAAUCAGUAAAAAUGAGAUAUUCGCUUAUCCUAGUUCUGUUAACGAUCUAUACCCAGGGGAGAUUUUAUUACCUGACGUACGUACAAUUGACAAGCUGGUUGACAAUGUGAUUGUCAGUAGUGCAAAUGAAAUGGCUAGACACUGUUGGCUGGCUCCAAUAUUACCAAGACUAAUAAAUAAGAUUUUCAUUGUCUUCAAUAAACCUAUCUGUGUUGCUGGUAUACGCUUAUGGAAUUAUACAAGAACACCGGAAAGAGGUGUAAAAGAAUUCUCUGUUCUUGUUGAUGGUCAAAUUUUGUUUCGUAGUUACUUACCAAAAGCUGAAAAUCAACUCCAGUCGAACAACAGUUUAUUUACUAGCAGAAUUCAGACAACCUAUCAAGCUUCAUUUCCCUGGGGAUCACCUCAAAUCAAUCCAGUCAGAUCAUUUUUCACUGUUGCAUUUGACUAUCAUAUUUUGAUUGAAUUAGGUGAGAAUCCAAGAUUUAUACUGAGUGAGUAUCAAACAACAGAGUAUUCAUCAGAUGGCGACAUAAUUAAAGAGACUGAUGUAUAUGAGAAACAAUCGUAUUGUCCUCGCAAAGCGAAAGUUAAUCAAGCUCUUCGACCGACCACCUGUGUUACAAAUCAUAAGUCCAAAAGUGUAAGGUGA